AUGGCCUGGAAACAGCUGCACAUUGGUCAGCUACUCGAGUCCAUCGGAUACGUAAUCUCCCUCGAUUUCGUGAAGAAAUUGACGAGAAAUACUUUAAACUUCGUCGGAGGCUGGAUGGGCCGAGUAGCGAGGGCUAAGAGGGAGGUGAUAACCAAGAGAUUGAGGAGACGACGGAAAAAAUUGGAGGCGUGUAAAAUGGGGAAGAGGGGGCCUUGCAAGUGCAGUUGCGUCAAGUGCUCGAGUUACAGGUAUGUCCAGAGGAAGAGGGUUCUGGAGCCUGAUUAUCUGGCUAAUUUAGCGUAUCAGCAGAGGAUUUGUCAAGAUGAUGUAUCACCGGACGGAGAGAACGUCCCUGAAUCCCCCAGAACACCCCCCGAGAUGCGAAAACCCCGCGAAGACCACCGAGACCUGCAACAAUCGGAUUACGACGGUGUGGUCUGGUGGACAGACGUGAAUCACCGAGUCCUCAUGCCGCCCCUGCUCAACGACUUGCCAACUAGGUCCAACUACUCGUCAACUUCGGGCUUCCGGUCUGCAUCACCUGACAUUCUCGAGUCCAGCGAAACCACGAUAAACACAUCUGACAGCUCUGAUUCUUCGGAUUAUCAAUCCUGUUGGGAAGACUCUUCAUCCCCCAGAACCAUCAAAAUGUCCUCGAAAUCCGAGCCGAGAGUCAGAAAUAUUCGAACAGAGAGGAGCAGAGUGACUCGUACAUCGCGGAGUGCAUCAAUGCCGUUGGGCCACCCGCCAAAUCAUCAAGACACCUCUCAAUUGGCAUCAGAUCCCACAGAGACACCCAGCAGGAGGAAGAAGCGACCUGUUAGCAGCAAGACAACCACCAGCCACGUGUGCGAUACCUUCAGCACUUGUGUCAAGUGCUCGAAUACUGCAUCGAGACCCAGCAAAAGGGUCACACGCUAAAUUAUCGAAGCCCAUUACCUCACCAACUGUUUCCCUCUAUGGAGAAAUGAAUAAAAACGAGAUAAACAUUA